AUGGAUUCCACAGGCGCUUCUCAGAUCGUUAGCGCAUUAGAUGUUAUUUACUCUCCCAAGUCCAACAAUUCUCAGCGACAAGAAGCUCAAAAAUUUUUAGAUGAAGUGAAAUUAUGUUCAGAAUCUCCUUUUUGGGGAUACGAAAUUGCAUUGCAAAACCCCACCAAUUCUAUACUGAAAUACUUCGGACUAGGAUUAUUAGACCAUGCAGUGAAGAAAAACUGGAAUGAUUACGACGAGGAAAAAAGAGUAGCCCUGAGAAAAUGGGUCAUGGAACUUAAUUUUGGGGUGCAAGAUUAUGAUACCAGAUAUAUCAAGGAAAAAUUGGCUACUUUAUGGGUGGAAGUGGCAAAAAGAACAUGGGGUGAAGCUCUUAAACAGACGAACCCUACGGAAGAGCAAUUGCUCACAUCUUGGGUGGAUAUGGACAAUAACCUUUACGAACUUUGGAACAUUAAUCAAUCGUCAAGAGAACUAGCAUUAAUAAUUUUCAGAAUCCUUUUUGAAGAUGUUUUCUUAUUGGACGACCUAAUUGUUUUAAAGAGGAUGACUGUUAUCCAGCCUUUAUGUGUAAUGAUCGUUUGCCCUAUUGAAGUCUUCGCAAUAAAGUACAAAUUCAGUGAUAAAUGGACCAAGUUUAAAGCAAAUAAAGAGGGCUGGUUUUCUGUUUGGAUUCCAGAAUUAAAUAAUGCAUUACAACAAAAUAAUUCCGAAUACAUCAUAAGACUUUUAGAAACCCUGAAGACAUGUUUAAACUGGCCAUUGACAGAGGUCAUUGUAAAAAAUGACGUGUUGUCCUCCUUGUUGACUUGUCUAUCCAGCAAUAUCCCAAGGGCACAGUCGAUGGCAUUAGAUUCGAUACACAUUCUGUUGACCCGUCCCUAUAAUAACGAAAGCCAUUAUCAAAUGACCAUAGAUCGAGUAUUUGAUAAUAUGGACUUGUUAGAUAGUGUUUAUGAAAGCCUAUUGUUUGAUCCUACAGAUGAUAUAGAUGAAACGAAAUAUCCUAUAAUUAAAAAGUUCGUGGAUAUGAUCAGCUGUCUAUAUGUUUGUGUCCCCAAAAUUAAGGAGACAAAUGGUCAAAUUCAAAAAUAUUUUAAGCUUGUAUUAAAGACAACUUACAAUCCAAGCUUAAUCGUUAGCGGAUUAACAUUGGACUUAUGGUGUACCUGUCUUCGAAAUGAUGAAUACUUACCCAAGCUGGAGAAAUAUGUCAUCCCUGAUCUACUACAAUUUGCUGCGGACGCUUUAGUCUAUUAUGAACAGAUUGAAGGUCAUAUUUCGAAAAAAUUUGCCGAGAUUGAUUUUCAAUCCAAGUCCGAAUUCCAAACAUUCUGUUCUACUUAUAGGAAAAGAAUAAGAGACAUCAUUAGGUUAAUUUCGUGCGUGGAAUUGGACCUUACCUAUGAUUGGUUGAACAACAGGUUAAACAAUUAUUUCAGUUCUCCAUUUGGUCAGCAGGUUUUAAGUUCUACAUUUCUGGACCAUAAAUUAGAACCUUAUUUGGGUGCCCUAUCUCAAUACAUGAUUGUAGAAUGUUUUAUUAAUGGUUGCAUAAGAUGGAAGAUCUGGUAUCCAACGGGAGACGAUUAUGACGAAAAACUAGAUUCCAUAUUACAAAAACUGGAAAUCCUAUCAAACCAGUUAAUUGCAUUAAAUUUAAGAGAACCAUUAUUAUUGAAGAAACAAAUUCAAAAUUUCGCACUUUUUUUGACAAUGUUAAAAGAUAAUGUGCUUUUCACACUUUUAGAAAAAAUCAUAACAAGUGCCACGAUGGACUAUCCAGAAAUUAAUUUGGAGGAAAGAGGUGCUGAAUCAGACGCGGUUAGAGACUUGAGAUACGCUUGCGGUAUCGAGUUGAAUAGAAUGGCUCUAUUAAUGCCUGAAUCGCUGAAAAAAAUAUACCCAGACCUUGAAAGUGUCAUUGCCAGAAUCAUGCCCAACUUAUCUUACCAUGAAAAAAUUUCAUUCAAGUCUUUCUUAUUGAUCAUUGUAUUAAAAUCUUCUCUAGAUAUGAAAGAGGAAAGAUUUGCUGCUAUUGUGGACCCAGAACUUUUAGCCUGGUCUGAUAAAACUACGGUGGUUGGUCUUUCUGAUUUGCAUUGGUUUAUGGAACGUUUAGGUAUUGUUCAGAUUGCAGAAUAUUUCCAAAGGCGUAAUAUUAACGAAAACAGUGACCUUUUAUCUAUUCCAAUUGAUGAUGAGGGUAAAGAAUUAAAAUCAGAAUUGACCAAACGUUGGCAAAGCUUAUUCCCUGUUCGUGCAACAAGAAUGUUCAUCCAUUAUUCGAUGCAGAGUAUUAAAACUGAUGAAGAAUUUAAAAUGUUACAAGAUUUGUGGAGACCUAGAAUCGUUCCAAUAUUACCCUACAUCACGAGAUUGUUGUAUCAAUUGCAAUCCUACCACGACCCAGAUAAUUGGAAAGGUUUGCCUACGGUUGUGCAGUCUUUUGUUAAAUAUUCUACUAUUGAAAGAUUUUGGGAGGCUGGAGCUUCAAACAAAUCAAAGGAUGAGUUUAUUGAUGAACAUAUGAAGGCAAUGCAAACCUUAAGAGACUUCGCUGAUUCUGUAGGACACAUUAUUAGGUAUACAAGAGAAUACACGCUACUUGUUCUCAGUGCCAUAUCAUCGCUUGGAAGUGUUUUUUACCUUUUGGACGAAUCACCUGAUUUACUACUGAACUCCAUUGCCAUAUUCAAGCCAGGUACUAAUGAGAUAAGUCCUGGUGUUUCGACACAUGGAUGGAAACACAUAAUGAAUAUAGCUAUUCGUCCUAUAUUGAAAGGUUGUCCAAAAGAUUGUCUGGGGAAAUUUAUGCCAGCAUUUUUACCUAAAUUAUUCGAAAUUUUGGAUCUGCUACUCUGUCAGAAAUGGUCCUCGCAUAUGAAUGAUAUGGACAUGAACCCAGUUCCAACUGACGAUGACCAGAUGACUGAAGAAAUUCUGGAAGAGAAUUUAUUGAGACAACUAACUACAGUUGUUGUUAGAAUAGUGAUUGAUUGUGUUGGUCAAGGAAAUGCCAAUCCAAACAGUGCUAAAAGCCGGCUAAACAAUCAUCAAAUGGAAAUGAGAAAAAUCAUAUUCAAUGAUUUAAACACUCUUGCUCCAUUUCUGAAACUUUUGAACCAUUUAAUUUCCUUCAAAGAUACGAAAUGUUCGUUUAAUUCUAUCCUAGUGAUGAAGUGCUGCCUAACUUCAGUUCUUAAUCAAAACAAUACUGUUGAUGAAUAUUUCACAUUUGAAGUGAUGAAGAAUUUGUUGCUAAAUGUGUUGUCUAAUAGUGCAUUUAAGGAUUCUUUUCAUGAGGCAUUGUAUGUCUUCACCGUAAUUUUUUUGACUUUAUGCAAAGAAUAUCCCUCCGCCAGAGCGUUCCUUUUUGAGAUAUCUAACGGUUACAAUAUUGAUGAGCUAUAUAGGAAUUUAAGGAGCGUUGACGAAUAUAAAACACAAAGGGCACUCAUGAUUGAUUUUAUAGAUUGGGUGAAGUCCACAAAUGGGAAAGAAGAUGGUAAUGUGGACCAUGCAGGCGAUGAGAGGAAAAGACAAGAGAAAAGGGAAGCUAUCCUAAAGAAAGCAAAUGAGAGAUUAGUUAAGAAGAAUAAAGAAAAUGGAGACAUGCUGGAUGACCCGAAUAUCGAAGAUGGCGCUGUGGGUAGUCUCUUUGAUGACAACUGA